AUGUCGACGUCGACUCCCAGGUUGGCUUCUACACCACAGAACCCACAACCUCCGGAUUCAUGGGAUUUCAUGCUUCCAUGUCCGCCAAGUCGCAACAAUUUUGGAUCCGCCGACUUCAGUUCCCAUGGCCUCAUCGCAUUUCCUUCCGGCAGCUCCAUUUCCAUCGUCGACUCUCGCUCCAUGCAGCUUCUCUCUUCCUUUCCCAUUCCUCCUCCUUCUUCAUCAUCGUCCUCGUCGUCAUCUUCCUCUUCUCUUUUUGUUACCUCCGUUCGGUGGACCCCUACCCCACUCAGUCGUGACCUUCUCUCUUCUGAGCCUUCCUCCUCCCACCUCCUUCUCGCAGCUGGCGAUUGCUUAGGACGCAUUGCUCUGCUCGAUUUCCGUCUCAAAACCGCUAUCCUCUGUUUCGAAGCAGAUUGCAAACUCGGAAUCCAAGACCUUUGCUGGGUUCAAUCUCGACAUGAUUUUUCUCUACUCGCAGUUAUUGAGGGGCCCUCCACUCUUUCGAUUUAUAACACAUAUAUGGGUCGGUGUAUUUGGAAGUACGACGCUUACCCUGAAUAUUUUUCCUGCAUUCGCCGCGACCCUUUUGAUUCUCGACACAUAUGCGCGAUUGGGCUUAAAGGUUUCCUGUUAUCGGUCACGGUUCACGGUGAGUAUGAAGACAAUGUUGUGAUCAAGGAGUUUCAGAUUCCAACAGAAAGCAAGGAAUUGCAGAAACUGGAGAAGGAUGCAACCGGUGCGUCGACGUCGCCUGUAUCCGCAUUGUUUCCCCGUUAUGUGGCGAGGUUCGCCUUUUCUCCGCUGUGGAGACACAUUUUGUUCGUCACCUUUCCGAGGGAGCUGAUUGUGUUUGAUUUGCAGUAUCGAACCAUACUUUUUUCCUCUCCACUGCCUCGUGGUUGUAGCAAAUUUCUCGACGUCUUGCCUGACCCAAAUAACGAGAGCCUCUACUGUGCUCAUCUUGAUGGAAAGCUCAGUACUUGGCAGAGGAAACCUGGGGAGCAGGUACACACCAUGAGCUCAUUGGAAGAGUUGAUGCCUUCAGUUGGCACCACUGUCCCAUCUCCAUCAGUACUCACAGUCCUUCUAUGCCAAUCAGAUUCUGCACUUCAGAACAUAAGCAGGAGUUGUUCUGAUGUAUGUAGUUCUUCCCUUGCUGAGGAUUUUGAUCAUUCCUUUGAUUUUUGGGAAGAAUCCACCAUUAUUUCCAAGACACAUGUGAUCUCCAUCUCUGAUGAUGGAAAAAUAUGGAACUGGCUCUUGACUACUGAAGGGAAUGCUGACACUCAGAGAGUUAACGAGAAGUUGGGUUCCGUCAAGGAUGACAAUGCGAUAUCAUUUGCUGAGACCAAAGCCAACACGACCGCAUCUUCAAACAACCUGGAAUUAGAGAGGCAAACGGAGAAUGAUGGUCGAAGCUACUUGUCAAGCUCAACCUUCAAUCAGGAAAAUAUUACAAUAAAAAUCUGCCUAGUUGGACAGCUUCAGAUUAUUUCUUCGACAGUCACUAUACUGGCAGUACCAAACCCUUCACUGACAGCUUCUUUGGCCCGUGGAGGAAACACACCUGCCGUAGCUGUUCCGUUGGUUGCUCUGGGAACACAGAAUGGAACGAUAGAUUUAAUUGACGUUUCUGCUAAUGCUGUUGCAUCAAGUUUUUCGGUACAUAAUGGAACGGCGGUUAGGGGACUACGAUGGCUAGGAAAUUCUAGACUGGUUUCAUUUUCUUAUUCUCAGGUUAGUGAAAAAACAGGAGGAUAUAUCAACAAGGUUGUCGUGACUUGCCUUCGAAGUGGCCUUAACAAGAUGUUCCGAGUUAUGCAAAAGCCCGAGCGUGCACCAGUGAGAGCUUUAAGAGCAUCAUCAUCUGGAAGGUACCUUCUCAUUUUGUUUCGUGAUGCGCCUGUGGAAGUUUGGGCAAUGACUAAAAAUCCCAUAAUGCUUAGAUCAUUAGCUCUCCCAUUCACUGUAUUGGAAUGGACUCUUCCGACCGUUCCGCGUCCUGCUCAAAAUGCAGCUGCUAGGCAGCAAUCGGUUGAGGCGAUAGAUGAGACAGCGACCCCGACAAAGUCGUCUACAUCAGAUUCGAGUGGUACAGGCACGGAGGCAUCACUUGAUGACACUUCUGAAAGUUUUGCAUUCGCUCUAGUGAAUGGAGCGCUCGGAGUUUUUGAAGUUCAUGGUCGAAGAAUAAGGGACUUCAGACCAAAAUGGCCUACUUCUUCCUUUGUAUCAUCAGAUGGAUUAACCACUGCUAUGGCCUAUCGUUUGCCUCAUGUGGUCAUGGGAGACAGGGCAGGGAACAUACGAUGGUGGGAUGUGACAACUGGGCAUUCUUCUUCAUUCAAUACUCACAGGGAAGGAAUUCAGCGCAUCAAAUUUUCGCCUUACAUACCAGGGGACAGCAGCCGGGGGCGUGUCGCUGUUCUGUUUUGUGACAAUACCUUUUCUAUUUUUGAUUUGGAUUCACCAGACCCCUUGAACAAUUCACUUUUGCAGCCCCAGUGUCCUGAAACCCUUGCAUUGGAACUUGACUGGCUGCCCUUGCGUACCACUAAGAAUGAUCCGCUAAUGUUGUGCAUUGCUGGAACUGACAGUAGCUUUCGCCUUGUUGAAAUUAACGUAAGUGGAAAACGACUUGGUCAUGCACCCCAUCUCAGAACUACGGAGAGAUUCAGGCCAAUGCCUUUGUGUUGUCCAAUACUACUUCCUACACCACAUGCCCUGGCAUUGAGGAUGAUUUUGCAACUGGGAGUUGAGCCAUCUUGGUUUAAUACUAGUAGUACAACCAUAAAAAAGAGGCCUCACUUCAUACCUGGAGCUUCAUCGUCUAGUGGUGAUCUUCGUACAUACAUGAUUGAUUUACCACCUAUUGGUGACACUGCAGUGCCAGAGAUGCUUUUGAAAAUCCUGGAACCAUAUCGAAAAGAAGGCUGCAUACUUGAUGACGAGAGGGCAAAGUUGUAUGCCAGUGUGGUGAAUAAAGGUUGUGCCAUUAGGUUUGCCUUUGCGGCUGCAAUGUUUGGUGAAACCUCAGAAGCUCUGUUUUGGCUACAGCUGCCUCAAGCACUCAAACAUCUGAUGAACAGGCUUUUAAAUAAGCCUCCAUCAAAAGGACAUGUAUCAGAACCAUUACCCGAGGUUGAUGAGACAUCUAUGCUGUCUAGGAUAACAUCAAAAGGAAAGCCAGCAGAAAAGAUGGGGAGAGAUGUGAUGGGUCAAGGUCAGCUUAGGUUGAUGGCGUUUGACCAGAAAGAGUUGUGGGAAUGUGCAAAUGAACGCAUUUCUUGGCACGAAAAUCUGGAGGGCGAAGAGGUUUCACAGAACCGUGUGCAUGAGCUUGUGUCAGUUGGAAACUUAGAAGUUGCAGUUAGUUUAUUGCUUUCCACUCCACCAGAGAGCUCUUACUUCUAUUUGAAUGCUCUCCGUGCAGUUGCUCUCUCUUCAACUGUUUCAAGGUCUCUUCAUGAACUUGCAGUAAAGGUUGUUGCAGCAAACAUGGUGAGAGCUGACAGGUCAUUGACAGGAACACAUCUUCUGUGUGCUGUCGGAAGAUAUCAAGAAGCAUGUUCUCAGCUACAAGAUGCUGGAUGCUGGAUGGAUGCUUCAACGUUAGCUGCUAGUCACUUAAAGGGAUCAGAUUAUGCAAGAGUGUUACAAAGGUGGGCUGGACAUGUCCUGCGUACUGAACAUAAUAUCUGGAGGGCUCUGAUUUUGUAUGUUGCUGCUGGUGCACUACAAGAGGCAUUGGCUGCUCUCCGUGAGGCUCAACUACCUGAAACAGCAACAAUGUUCAUCCUUGCAUGCCAGGAGAUCCAUGCAGAAAUAAUUGCCAGCUUAGAUGUUACAGAUGAUGAAAGUCCUUCCUUCAAGGAGAACCUUCAACACUUGCCUGGUUUAGAUCCCCAGAGUGAAGAUGUCAUUUCAGCUGGGGAAUAUUUUGGGCAAUAUCAGAAAAAAUUGGUGCAUUUAUGUAUGGAUUCACCGCCAUUUUUUGACUAGACGAAGGUCUUAUAGUGAGCUGAUCACGUUUCUCAUUUAUAUACAUAAAACCAGUGGAUUAACUCAGCUCAGAAAAGGAAGUCAAGUGGAUGAAUCCCGCAUCUGUGCCGCCCGUUGGCUUGAGUGAAUAAUCUGUUGCUAGAAGUGAAGAGCGGGAGGCAGUGACCUAGUCCAGUCCUAGAGAAACAUGGAGGAACAAGAUACCAGAUUCUGAUAUGAAUCUUAAUCUUAUAGAUCGCAGUAAAUAUAUCUUGCACGAAGUUUUCUUGUCCUUUUUUUUUUUUUUAAAUGUUUGAGAAUACAACCAUGAAAAAUGGGUCGUCAUAGUGCUGUUGUAGCUUGUGUAGAAAAUUUUGUUGACAAAUGAUUAAGAAGUUGCAUGGCAUUUAAUUAGACUUUUCAAAUGUGGAUAACCCUGUUCUUUAAAAAUGACUAUUUAUCGAAUAAUGUUGUUCCAUCA